GAAGUCUAGAUUGCAGUCAAGACUUUUCAUGUUACUUGUAGAAGUAGAUAUAGUGUGACACAACUGUCCAUUUAAAUAGCACUAAAUUGUUUUUUAAUGGCAGAAAUGGAGAACAAGGAGAAUUCCAAACUUCGAACUAUAAUAUCCAAAUCUAAGGCUCAACUUUUCAAAUCAGUGGCAAUCUUUAGAUGGCUGCCGACGUACACGAAAAAUGAUAUUCUAGCAGAUUUAAUUGCUGGAUUAACGGUUGGCUUGACUAUGAUACCCCAAUCGAUAGCUUAUGCUGGUCUAGCAGAACAACCAGCAGAGUAUGGACUAUAUACAGCGUUUGUGGGAUCAUAUGUGUAUAUAAUUUUUGGAACUAUUAAGGAAGUUUCCAUAGGACCAACAAGUUUGAUGUCUUUGUUAACCGUAUCGUAUACGAUCGGGAAACCAGUAGAGUAUGUUGUUUUACUUACAUUUUUGGCUGGAUGUGUGGAACUGCUUAUGGGACUUUUAAAUUUAGGAUUUAUAGUGGACUUUAUAUCUCCAUGUUUGACUUCUGGAUUCACAUCUGCUACUACGAUAAUUAUUAUAAUAGCGCAGUUGAAAAAUCUUUUCGGAAUAAGUAUACAAAGCCAUAAUGUUUUACAGAUACUUAGAGAAUUCGUUCAAAAAAUUGACCAAAUUAAAGUGUCUGAUACUUUAAUGGGAUUUGGUUGCAUUGGAUUCCUUGUUGUGUUUAAGUAUAUAACCACAGUGAUUCAACCAAAAAACCCUUCGUUGAAGAAAUUUCUGUGGUUAUUGUACAUAUCGAAAAAUGCCAUCACAGUAACACUGGCCACAAUAGUGUCAGUAUAUUGUAAUCAAAGUGGAGUCUCUCCUUUUAAAAUUACAGGAACAGUUCCCAAGGGAAUUCCAGAAGUUAGGUUUCCUUCAUUAACUAUUCAGCGUGACAAUCAGACGAUUGAAUAUACAGAUAUGUUGGCAGACUUGGGUGGUGGAAUUGCAGUAGUGCCAUUUGUGGCCGUUUUGGCUAAUAUAGCUAUUGCAAAGGCUUACAGUAUUAAUACAGUGGUAGAUGCAUCACAAGAGAUGAUGGCCCUAGGGUUAUGUAAUAUACUUGGUUCUUUUGUUAGAGCUAUGCCCAGUACUGGUGCUUUCACUAGAUCUGCUGUAGCAAGCAGUAGUGAUGUACGAACACCUCUUCAAGGACUUUAUUCAGGUACAGUGAUAGUUUUUGCUCUUAGUUUCUUGGCUCCCUACUUCUAUUAUAUUCCAAAAGCUGUUUUAGCUGCAGUUCUAAUCACGGCAGUUAGUUCUUUAUUGGACUAUAAAAUACUUCCAGUUUUAUGGAAAUGUAACAAGGUAGACUUUUUCCUGACCUUGGGAACAUUUGUCAUAGGCACUUUCUUUGGUGUUGAAGCUGCUCUCGUUUUAGGAAGCAUUUUAAAUCUAUUGAUUCUGGUUAAAUUGUGGUCGAGACCUAAGAUAAAUACUGACAUCAAAGAGAUAAUGGAAACUCAAGUAAAGUAUCUUUAUUUAAAGCCUGAAUUAGGUCUUUAUUAUCCUGGUGCUGAUUACUUAGCAGAAUGUAUAAAGAAGAAGAGAAGCGACUACCCAACUCUGCCUAUAGUUUUGGAUUGUUCCAAUUUUCUUAGGCUAGAUUAUUCAGCAGCAAAGACACUUAUCAACAUUCUACAAACCUUUAAUUAUAACAAAACAAUAUUUGUGAUGAUCAACGUAGAAGAAAACAUCCUCAACAUAAUGAAAACUAUCCCAAAUUCAAAGUCUCUUUUAAGAUUUUGCAACAAGACCAUCAGUAUUCCAGAAAUACUUGUUAUCAACGAAGAUGAAGAAGAUCUUUUGUUAAAGCUUAACGAUGAUAGUGACAUAAAGUCAAUAGAGAGGUCUCUAGAAGUUUUUCAAAUGUUACAGAAUGAAAAUAGCAGAAGGUCUUCGAAAUGUUCUUUAGGUACUACUAGUACUAGAUCGUCUAUUAGCGGGAAUAGCAGAAAAUUUUCUGUUUAUAGUUAAGAAUACUAAUUAGCAAUUGUAGAUGUUUUUGUUUAAUAUAACAGUUAUUUUUCCC